AUGAGCUCUACUCAGGUUAAUGGGUUCAGCGAUGAGGAGAGAUACAUACAAUUUCCGUGUGUUGCUAACGAUGUAACUCGGGAUGGCCAACCGGUGUUGAACAAGUACUCGCAGUUUCUCACCAAAGAUCAUGACUUUCCCGGAGCUCAGGCUAUGCUAUAUGCCGCUGGUGUGCCUGAUAGGGAGAGCAUGAAGAACAGUCCACAUGUAGGCAUUGCGUCGGUAUGGUGGGAGGGUAACGCUUGCAACAUGCAUCUGUUGGAUCUUGGAAGGACCGUCAAGAAAGCCGUCACGGGGCUGGGGAUGCUGGGCUGGCAAUACAAUACAAUUGGCGUCUCUGAUGCUAUCACCAUGGGCCAUGAAGGAAUGCGGUUCUCCCUCCAGUCUAGAGAAAUCAUAGCCGACAGUAUCGAGACGGUCACCUGCGCGCAGUACCACGAUGCCUGCAUUGCCAUCCCAGGCUGUGACAAGAACAUGCCAGGAACCAUAAUGGCCAUGGGACGCCAUAACCGACCAUCACUGAUGAUCUACGGUGGUACGAUCCAGAUUGGCUAUUCCGAGGUUUUGCGACAGCCAAUCAACAUUUCGACGUGCUACGAGGCAGCGGGAGCUUAUGCGUACGAUAAGCUCAAGCAGCCAGACGAUGGCGGCGACCAGAGCAAAACCAAGGACGAGAUAAUGGAGGACAUCGAGAGGCAUGCCUGUCCCAGUGCUGGUGCCUGCGCUGGAAUGUUCACGGCCAACACCAUGGCGACUGCCAUUGAGAGCAUGGGGCUCUCGCUGCCCGGAUCAUCGUCCACUCCUGCAACUGCCCCAGCCAAGAUGAGGGAAUGUGUCAAGGCCGCAGAAGUCAUCAAGGUAUGCAUGGAGAAGAACAUCAGGCCUCGUGAUCUUCUCACGAAGCGGUCCUUUGAGAACGCGUUGGUAAUGACAAUGGCAAUGGGUGGAAGUACCAACAGUGUGAUCCAUUUCAUCGCCAUGGCUAGGUCGGCCGGCGUUGAACUGACUCUCGACGAUUUCCAGCGCGUCAGCAACAAGGUCCCCUUCAUCGCCAACCUCUCCCCAAGCGGGAAGUAUUACAUGGCCGACCUCUACGACAUCGGAGGCACGCCAUCCGUCCAAAAGCUGCUCGUGGCUGCGGGCUUGCUUGAUGGGGGCAUUCCAACAGUGACGGGCAAGACUCUUGCAGAAAAUAUAGCCUCCUUCCCCUCCCUCUCGCCAGGACAGGAUAUCAUCCGGCCACUAGACAACCCUAUCAAGGCUACCGGCCACCUGCAAAUCCUGCGGGGGAACCUUGCUCCUGGUGGCGCUGUGGCCAAAAUCACUGGGAAAGAAGGCACCAAGUUCACCGGCAAAGCUCGAGUGUUUGAUCGUGAAUCGGAGCUGAACUGCGCACUCUCGCGCGGCGAGAUCCCACGAACAGAGAACCUGGUCCUCAUCGUCCGGUACGAGGGCCCCAAGGGCGGACCUGGCAUGCCAGAGCAACUCAAGGCUAGUGCUGCGCUCAUGGGAGCCAAACUGACCAACGUCGCCCUUAUCACUGAUGGACGGUACUCCGGCGCCAGUCACGGCUUCAUCGUAGGCCAUAUCGUGCCUGAAGCUGCCGUGGGCGGUCCGUUGGCCAUCGUGCAAGACGGGGACACCAUCACCAUCAACGCAGAGACGAACGAGCUCUCGAUGGAUGUGAGUGACGAAGAAAUCGCUGCAAGGCUGAAGAACUGGACACCGCCAAAGCCGCGCGUAACUCGAGGCGUCUUGGCGAAGUAUUCUCGAUUGGUGGGAGAUGCAUCUCACGGUGCGAUGACCGAUUUGUUUUGA